AUGGAUAAUUCACAAGUUAAUUUAAUACAUUAUGAGAAUGAUAGAAACUGGAUAUUAUGGCGUAAUUCUACGCUAUUUUUAUUGAUUCUUUGUACUGGUAUUUUUAUAUCCAUUGAUAUUUAUACAAUAUCUGAUAGAAAGUAUGGAAUUGGUGAGUCGUCAGUAAUAAUUAAGAGAACAAUUAAAAAUAUUAUUGAAAAAGAUAAAGAUAGUAGUACAGUGGAUUUCAUGAAUGAUCAAUCUAUACAUUGGAAUAAUAAUGAUGAUGAUGAUGAUAAAAUGAAUGAAACUUUCAUAAGAUCUCACUAUUCAAAUCCUUAUAGAUUAAAAAACUACAUGAAUAGUAUUACAAAAACAUGUUUAAAUAUGGAAUCUAUUGAUUGGAAUAUGAUGUUAUGGAGAGAUAAAGGAAACUUUUAUAAUGAACAACAUAUACGAUUGGUCAAUAUAAAUGCUAAAGGUGCUCAUCUUUUCAGUGAAGAUCUAAAUCAAUUGAAGAAUCAAAUGUCUUAUAAAAAAGAAGUUACUCAACAAUUUGACAAUCUAAGUUUUCUAUUAGCAUAUCCUUCUGGGAUUAGUGUUCACAUUAAUGUAAAAAAUAUCAGAUUACUGCCAGAAUAUGAAGAUGUUGAACAUUUAGCUAGUGAUAAUGGAAUUGUUAUGGAUUCUUCAAGAAAAUCCAAUAUGCAACAUUGGCGUAAACCACUUGAGACAAUCAUUAAAACAGCAUGUCGGUAUCCAUUACCUAAACAAUACUAUUUGGCUAUGCAUCCUUAUUUAGAUCGACAUACAACUGCUAGAAGACAUAUAUGCCAACCAAAUAAUGUUAAUUCUCGUUUAUGUCCUGCUAAUUAUCCAAGUGGAUAUAUAUUUUAUGAUCGUUCUAUAAAUGGACAAUGUACACAAAAUCUUCAUAAUGCUAUACUCAUUUCAGAUAAAGCUUCAUAUCUACCUCCUCAACUAAAUAGUUUUUAUUGUACAAUCAAUUCACCAUUGGUCAAUAAAUUAUUUCAAGAAAACAUUAUAGAAAGUCAAUCAUACUUAAAAGAUAUGCACUGUGAUACACAACGACGUAUUUGUCAAACAUGUUUAAAACAAUCAUGUUUCAAUAGUAAAACUGAAAUGUUUUCAGAGACAAAUUUAAAGAAAGUUCAAAACAAUUUACUUAGUAAUCAUGAUGAAGUCGAAACUAAUCAUGAUUUGAAUGAAGAAAUAUUCUAUGGAAAUUUAUUGCGCGUUAAUACUAUUGAACAAAAUAUCAGGCAAGCUAAUGAUCCUGACUGUUGUGGUAUUAAAUGUUAUUCCAAUCCAAGUUGCCUUGAUUAUUUUGGUUCCCGUUGUGAGAUGUAUACAAGUAGACAUUCGAAUGCAACUGAGAUAUGUUUACAAGGUAAAACACUAAAAUUUACUUUAAAUCCUGAAUUUGACUUUACUAAUGGGACUUAUAUAUGUCAUGUUCGACAUCGUCCUCCGAAAAUUUUAUACACUAUUGAAACUUGGUUAACUCUUGAAAUUCAAGGUUUACCAAAAUUAUUAUGGAGUAGUCCUCGUUUAAAAUAUAACAUUCAAUUAAUGAAUAACGGAAAACCUUCAAGACGUAAAUCAAACAAAGUGAAUUAUUAUAUUCAAACUCUGGAGCAACGAUUUCUAAAACAUGGUAUUUUGUUGUUAUGGAAUGAGAAUAUUUAUUUAGAGCAUAAGACAAGUUUACCUAUAUGGGAUGAUGCAAUUGUUCAUAGAUCUGUUGACAAAGAAAUAUCACUGUUUCAACUGAAGUUUUUGAAAGAUUUCGGAACUGAACCUCCUCCACUUCAAAGACAUAAGGAGGAGAAAUACAUAGUUGUGCAGUUCUCUAAACCAUUUCAGUACAGUACUUCUAAUUGGGGCAAUCAAACAUGUCAAAUCAAUAUAAGUCAUAUUCAUCGUGCACAACCAAUCUAUGCAGAAAACACUAAAGUUUCAAUAGAAACUACAUCCAUUCCACAGAGAACUACAUCAAAUGCAUUCCUGUAUACAUUGAAAAAUUCACAAAAAAGAACAACCAUUGAAAUCAAAUCUCAUAUCAAUCAUUCCUUAUUAUACACUGCUGCUUGUUUAAAUGGACUAACGUUUACACAAUCCAUACCCAAUGAAUUUAAUGAUAAAAUCAAUAUCCCAAGUGAUGAAAAAUAUUCCACUGAACAGAUCGGUCGACUGUAUCCAGAAAUACAAGUAUCUACUCAAAGAGUGGAAACAAACUGUGAUUUGAACUCAACUUGGAGAGUGACUAUCACAGGCUCAACUACUACACAUAAAUCAACAUAUAUUCAUUUGAAAUUAUAUACUGAAUCAUUGAAAUCAUUAUCAAAUUUAAAGAAAACUAAUAGUUUGAUCCCAAUUGAUCCACAACAUAUUUUAUAUGAAAAAGAUUUAAUUCUAUUAAAUGAUCCAUUUGAUUUCAUUACAAACUAUUCUAAUAAAAAGAAAGAAAUAUCAUUUCAAAUUCAAUUGAAUAUUGAAUAUAUUCAAUUUCCAAUUGUAUCUACUCAUUUAUUUCAAUCAGUAUUAUUAAUAAUUCAUAUUAAAGAUUGUUUUACUGAUUAUUUAUUAAGUACAUUAUUGAAUGCACAAAACAAUAUUCCAUUGUCAAAAUCAAUAAAUGCUAAUCAGAAUAAUACGAUUAUGUUAAAAGAAUCUUUACCAAAUCAUAUAGACUCAUUAAGUGCUGAUAAAAUGCAUUUACCAUUUGUGAUUACAUGUUUAAUUAUUGGUCUUUCUUAUAUUAUACUUUUAACUAUAUAUACCAUUUUAAAAAUAUGUCAAGGAUCUAAUAAAUUCCAUACAAACAAUAUAAUUCCUAGUUCAACAAGUUAUAGCUCAAAUAAUGAAAUACAACAGAAACGUUAUUCAUCAUUUUCAGCUUAUUCUACAACUUUAUUAAAUAAUUAUCAUAGGACAAGUUCACAAUCUCAAUUAGCUCGUUUAACAUGUCCUCAAAAAGUUUGUAUUAUGAUCUAUUUAUGUUUUCGGGUAUUUUAUACUUUUCUGUUCACUAUUAGUGUUGGAUUAUCAUUUAUUUUAAGUAUUGAAACUGAUGCUACUGUGGAGUUUACUUCAGCAGUACAUAAUAAUCAUUUUAUUACAAUGAAUUCAUUUAAUAAUUAUAAUGGAAAUAUUGGUAGUAGAUUAAUUCUGCCAUCAAUGAUGAAUACAAUGACAUUGACAACGGAUAUAGGCAGCAGAUGGCGUGGAGCUAAAGUAUGGGUAUUAGAAGCUGCUAGAAUGGAGGAUUUUUCUCAAACUGAAUUAUUAAGACAGACUCAAAAAGGGACAAGCCAAAUUUCAGACUGUGGUAAACAUUAUGAAGAUCAUAGUAAACAUUUAUCUAGAUAUAUGAUGUAUAUUAGUAAGAAACUAAUCAGCUGGUUUAGCCAAACAAGUACCAAAAAUGAAGUUUUCAAUCAUAAUGAUAUAAACGAAAAUUCAAUGAAUUAUCAUUCCGAUAACAAAAUUUUAUAUGAAGAUUCUAUCAGUCAAAUUGAACAUGAAAUGUACAAUAUUAAUAGUAAUAAUAAAUCUACACUCCAAUGGACAUCGAAUGGUGUAAAUAUUCAAAUACCUACUAUAGAACAAGAAACAUGGAAUCAUUUGGAACGUACCAGUUGGUUACCUUAUUUAGAUACAGUUGAUGAUUAUCUAAGAAAGACAAGAGAUGAUCUGGAUACGAAAGUUAUUGACUACUGGGCACCAUAUGAUCAACUUUUAGCUAAUCUUCUUACAAAUCCAUGGCUUGCACCAGCAUAUAGGGCAUUAAAUACAUCAUGGUUACAAGAGAGGCGUAUAUCAUUCAUGGAUCGAACGUAUUUUGGUUUAGUAUCAAGUGAUUUUUAUUCGGAAGAUGAAAACCAAUCGUCAAACGAUUUAACCGCUUUAAAUGGUGCCAGAGAAACACAAUCUUUAAUGCUAGCAAAUUUCAUUGGUGUUCCACAACCUGCACAUGCUCGUUUGGCUGGUACAAGAAUUUGGAAUAGUUUUCGUAAUCUAGUUCCAGGUUUGCCGAGCAAAUUCUAUUAUAAAUUAGAACCAAGUUCAUUAUCGUCAUCCUAUUCAUCAUCAGUUCUAAAUAAAGAUGUUGAAUUUCGAAGAAAGCCAAAAUUGUAUCAUGAUCAUCGACAAAUGUUAUCCAGUGAAGAUUGGUACCAUAUUCCAAGUGGACAGUUGGAUUUAGAUGAAAAAUUGAAUGUUGACUCAUUUACUGAUUUAAAUGCACAAUUCUAUCCGUUUGCAACAACUGUUACGAAACGAAAUGGAAAUCCUUCAACAAUUGAUUCAAAUUCCUAUUUUUUAACAUUGACACAAGUUCGAUUAUUGUUAUUGUUAUUAGAUGCCAUUAUUAUAUUGUCUAGAUGUUUUCAAACAUUUGAAUUUAUGCAUAAUAUUUGGUUUGGUGAUAUAAAAUUAAUUAAUGCUAAUCAUUUAAUUCAUGAUCUAAAUGAUAAUUCACAAAUAAUGAUUGAUUCAUUUGAUCAUUCUAUGCAUCAUCAUUCACAACAAACACAACAAAUACAUAGUACUUAUAAUUCGAAUUAUCAUUAUCAACCUCAACUUCAAAUAAGAUCACCUAGACAUAUACAAUUAUCUAUAGGAUCUACACCAUUCUUACAUCCUGCAUCAUGCUCAUCAAAUUUACAUGAAUCAAAUCAUCAUUCAAUCUCUAAUGAGUUCCCCACAUCAAUAGGCACAAAUCACAAUGAAGCAGUGAUUGCCAACCAACCUAUUCGUGUAAGUGAAUAUGAAAGAAAAUCUUCUACAGGGAUUAAAAUAACUCAAAACAAUCCACCAACACUGAAUUUUGAUAAUGGAACUGGACGUUUUACAGCUUGCUACUGUUGUCUUGAUGCUCAUUAUUUGCUAGUGAUAACUGGUAUUGGCUUAUUAUUUAUUGGAUUAGUUUUAAUUUGGGCUACUGAUAGACAUGUUCGACCAGGAUGGCUUUUAGCAAAGACCGGUGUAUUAGCUCGAUCACGUGCACUUGAAGACUGUAGACAAAGAACAAAUGCUAUCUUGAAAACCAUUCAACCGAAUCAUAUAAAUAUGGAUUUGAUAAGAUCCGCUAAAAUUAACGCAGCUAAAGAAGCUUAUUGGAUCAAUCAAUUGACUAAUAGACUAGAGCAUGUACAAACACAGAUACAAUUACAGUUUAUCACAGAAUUAUGUUUACUGCAAAAAGGAUUGGUAAAUCAUUAUUAUGUCUUAGAUCAACAUGCUGUGAGAAUCCAUGUACCAGAAAUAACGGAUACAAAUUCAACAUUUUCAGCUUGUGAACUAAUUGGUCCUAAUUUUCAGUUCACUGAACAAGCAUUAUUGAUUUUGUCUAACUGGAAGUUGGAUCCGCUAACAAAUAAACAAAUUAAACAUACACUAAAAACUCCAGUAUGUCAUUUCUCCCCAGUUGUUCCUGCUACUUAUGCUGAAAGUCAUCUAUCACGUUUAUUAAGAAUGACUAGUUUAAACGAACAAUCUCAUCAAAUGAGCACUAAAAAAACUAAUGAACAAAUUACCUCAAAUAAUAAUCAAACAGAAUCAAACAGUCAAGUUGAUGGAAAUCAAUUAGAUUUCAACUAUGAACAACUUACUACAUCAAUUGGAAGUUUGUCAACUUUAAUUAAUGCUAUUUAUCGUUUAUUAUUAACUAGUUUAACAGUAAUGAUGGCUAUGGGUGGAUUAUUAGUCUGUUUGCAUAUGAUUUCAAUAUUGGGACGUAUAAUAAUACGAAUUCCAGUACGUAAGAUUUAUUACACCACCAUCUACCCUCCUUGUACGUCUGUGAACAAUCCAUCUUUUUCACCUACUGUUUGCCAAUCACGCAGUCAACAUUCAUGA